AUGAAAGCAGGGGAAAACAGCAACACAGAGAAUGAUGCGUUAAAGUGGCAAAUGGAGAAAAGCGUAAAACACAGAAAGCGCAAAAAUAGCCAUACAGACGCGGUACUGUCAGAACAACAUGGGGUGCUUGGUACCCAAAGGGACGAUGGCGUCUUCGCGAGCGGGGUGGCGGAUGUGGUCACAGGAGGACGCAGAAACGAGCGGAUGAGGAAAGGAAAAGUGGCGGAAAACGUGCAGAAGGCCGAAAAGACGGGAAAAAAGGACAGAGCGGAUAACAGCAACCCACGCAGAAGCCACAGGGCUAGCAGCAUGGGUUCAUCAGUUAUGGACGCAGCCUGCUCCAAAAGGAACGACAGCGACGUAAGUAGCGAGGUUAGUAGCGGGGUUAGGGGUGAAGGUAGAAAGGGCACUCGCGAAGGGUACGAAUACGACCUUGGUAUUGACAACGACGCGGAGAACGAAAUGGACGAGGAGUACGACGAUGACAUGAAUAUCCACAUGGACGACGCGCAGUUUGACUUGUGCGAUUACCAGGACUAUGAAAAUGAAUUGGAGGAACACAACACAAAAGGGGAAGGAAGCUUAAAGAAAAGCCUGAGGGAGAAUUCUGUCUACACAGACUCGGAUGUCUCCUACGUGAGUGACAUGGACAAAAGCAAGCUGGACGCGAAAAAUGAUUGCUGUUGUUGUUUCGCGAGGAGGGCGAAGAAGUACAGCAGCGUGGAUGUGAAGAACUAUGGGGAUGAGGAUAACUGCGGCGAGGUGAACCCUUGUGGAUGCGCAGAAAAUGGGCACAGCAGAGACCACGUGUGUGGGUGUGGAAACCAGAAGAGGAAGAAAAACGCAAGCAACGAACUGAAGAACAUGGACUGGUUAAUUUACACCAUAAGAUAUAUGGACUAUAGACGUCUGCGAAGAAGAUUUAACGGAAUAAGGAAACCAAUUUCGAAAAAAAUUGUCUUUAUUAUAACCAUUUUUUGUUUAAUCCUGAUAUCGUGGAAAUAUUUCAAGACGUCCUAUGAGAACAGCAUGCUUACAAUUAGCUUCAAAGUUCAGACGUCCUUUUUAUUUUUUGUAGAAGCUGCAUUGGUAAUUAUUGGAGUCAUCAUUUUUGCAAAAUUCCAAACCAGGCUGAGCUUACACUGGCCUAUUUACGCCUCAUACAUAUUUAUUAUUUGCGCAUCCAUUUUGUUAAUAUUCUACGAGAAGGACAAAUAUGAUAAAAUUUCGAGAGGGGAACACAUAUUAAUGAUUUAUGGGCUUGUUCAGUUAUCCCUAAUAAUUAUUGUGAAGGUUAUUAUUUGCAUCGGUCCUCUACUGGCUAUAUAUGGUUUUUUCUGCCCAUGUACAGAGCAUUGUCGAAUUUUAAAGAAGAAGGUCUCAACGAAUAAAUUAAAUAUAACAGUAAGUCGGUACAACGAUUUUGCAGGAAUGUGUGGAAAUAACUUUUGCUGUUUUUGUCUCUGUGCUUAUCGAUCCUUCUAUCGUAUUGUAAAUUGUUUUUACAAAAGAUUUUCUAAUUUGCGUUUUAAAAUGACAAAUGAUAGUAUCAAUGAGGCCCCUUUUAGUCACCAGCUAAGAUAUAAGGGGAAGACAGAUAUAUAUGGUCGACCUCAUGGUUAUGGAGAAUGGAUUGAAGAUCAUUCAUAUGGAGAGAAGCUAAGAGGUUUCUGGUUCCAUGGGUACCCAGUAGGUCCCUUCAUAUCACAGGAAGUUGGUAGUGGAUCUUUAUUUGUUAAUACAAGAGUUGGUUUCGCUGCCUGUGUAGGAAAAGAUUGGUCAGAUGUACGAUAUGGCGUGUCCUGCACAGAGUGUUCUAUCAGUGGCCAUUUCUUCAAUGACUUUCCAUUGACCUAUUUUUUCAAUCCUAAAAUUGAGAAGGAUGCCAAUGGAAGGCUACCAACCAAUAGGUAUGAUAUAAUUGUAAAGGAUAUUUUAAAAGAAAAUUAUGAAGACAUUUUAGGUUACGAUUUGAAAUGGUGUUUUAAUAUGCUAAAGGUUAAUAGCAGCACCACAACGGAGUAUUUCUCCAACAACUGUAUGAUUUCUAUUGACCAUGUGACUAUGAGCUUGAAGGUUCAUAAUUACAAACGGUUGGGGCCUGUAAAGAGGAGGAACAAUAACAUCCUCGACGAAAUUACCGUAAAGUUGGUACACCUUCCCAAGGUGAAAAAGGGGAAAAAAAUUUACAAAAGGGGUUGUCCCUAUCGGUUUAGUGGUGAUGGAAAUAACUCUGUGCUGUAUGUCAGACCAGGAAAGCACGAUGAAAAGGUGAAGAGCAAAGAAGGUGAAGAAUUUUUUUAUUCCAAUCAGAACAAAAUUCAUAACACUAUUAAAAAAUUAAGUACACAGGGGAACCAGCAUUAUGCAAAUGAGCUAAAGGAAGACAACUACCAUUCCUACUAUACCCAUAAGUUGUCAGACCAGCUUCUGGACUCUGUAAAUGAUGAUAUUUAUUUGUACAAAAUGAACAAGUCGAUAAAAUCCACGGAGGUGCACAAGGCGCCAUACGUGUUCGAUCGCAGUGGGGACAGCAGCAAUCCUGAUGAGGACAUGAAAAGGGGUACAGACCGGAUUGGCCAAGCUCUAAACAGCCAACAUGGUUGUGUUUUUCCCCAUCGGAACAACUAUUAUGACGCACAGGGAAAAUAUCAUAAUCGCAACAUGGGUGGAGACACCCACAAGGACACCUCCCCCAAAGUGCAUUUCGACAGAAGUGAUGACCAAACAGGUGAGCUUCCAAACGAACGAGAGAAGAGGCAGAGAAUGUGCCAUAUUCCUCCUCAUGUCAGCCUCUUCACGGAGGAUAGCGCUACCCAAAAUAACUCCUCGUUUUGCCGAAAGGAUGACACGUUUGUUAUUAAUAUAAACGGCUUCGGAAGUGACAGGCGACGCGGUGGGGCAUCUGACAGAAUAACACAUAAGAAGGAGAGAAUGAAGAAGCUGCGCAGGAGGGAACCGCUCCUUGGCAGUGCCCCACGUGGGGAAAAAAACGCAUACAUGGAGGAUCCCUCCCUUGAUAGCGAAAACGAAGACAAAAACGAACACGAAAGCGAAGCGUCAAGGUGUAGAGAAAGAGAACUCCUGUGUGACAACCUUUUGCAUGCCAAGUUUAGGGAGCAUCCCGCGGUAGGCAUGGAAAAGGGGGGGAGCAAUGAAAAGAGAGAAAAGGUCGGUAGGGUGAAGCGAUCAAGUGAGAGGCGGCACAGCAAACCGGAUGUAGAAAAGGACACCGCUUUAUGCGCUACGGUAAAUGAAGCCAAUCACGUGCAGCAAAGUGCAUCUGAGGGGAGGUACGCGAAACAACCAGAAGAAGAUAAAAAGCAGAAGAACAAAAACAACGUUACUCUACCUAAUGAGCAGGAGAAGCAGUUCGAAUCGGACGAAAAUAAGAGUAAGGACUCCCCGAGGGCAAAAAAAUAUGAGGAACUGAAAGGGAAAGAAAAGACAGCUAACGCAAAGGAUACGUCAAGUGGCAAAUCAAAUUUUGGAGAAAAUAAAGCGUUAUUCAUUUCAGAUAUUUUUAAAUCUUUUAUAAAAUCGGGAGUGUCGAGAAAUUCAAGAAAAAAUGAUGUGAAGAAUAACUCCAGUGAUGACAUAGAAAAUAGCAUGGAGGAAAAUUAUAAUACGGAAAAAAGGGCAAAGAGUAAGAAAUCAAAAAGAAGUUAUUCAAAUUUGAAUAAAGGAAGGAAAGAGAUUUACAACAAGACCAUGAAAAAAGUAAGUCUGCACAAAAUGAAAAAUUCAAAAAUAAAAGGAUUUGUAAAAAAGUAUACCAGACAGUACAGAAAGGGCUCUAUCUAUAUAACUUCCAAUAACAAGAAAUUCGAUAAGUUCAUUCGAUCCAAGUAUAAUAAUAAUAAUAGUACAAAUACACAAAUAAUAAGCACGCUGGGGGACACAGUAAAAAGUGUUAAUGAAUCCUUUGGUAGUUUGAAUGGUGGAAAUUUGUCAAGUUAUAAUAUGAAGAGGAAUAAAACCAUUGCGCAGGUGUUCGCAGAGGAAGAUGAAUGGGAAAACUAUCGUCAUCAACAGAAGGAAAAGAUUAUUGUGGAGGGUUGGCAAUCAUUAUCUUUAAAACAAAAUUUAAGUUUUAUGCCAGACGAAAUUGUUAUAUAUAUACAUGGAUAUAAUGUGAAGUUACAUCAUGGGUGUUCUCAAUUGGCUCACUUGGUUUCUUUUUCCAAGUUGCCAUCCUACAUACAACCAUUUGUUUUUCACUGGGAAGGCUACAUGUGGGGUGCCUUUUCGGCUCUGUCCUACCCCGUCGCGAAGAAAAGAUCCGAGAUGGCAGUCCUGGGAAAUUCCUUCAAAACAUUUAUACAGGAGCUUAUCAACUCGGGCAUUAAGAAUGUGCAUCUCAUAAGUCACUCCUGUGGAUCGAGGCUUUUUUUUAAUGGGUUUGCUAGCUGUGUGGAGGAUAACCUCUUUUAUAACGUACUGAAGAGUGAGAAGUCGGCGGGGAAGAAGGGGGAUACCGCUGGGUGCGAGGCGAACCACGCUGCGGGCACGGACGAUGCUAGCGAUGUUAGCGAUAUGAGCGAUGCUAGUGAUGUUAGUGAUGAUAGCGAUUGUAGCGAUGUUAGCCGCGUGGGAGCCAGUGGGGUUGAUCGGGCGCCUGGCAAGAAGCGGCGGGGGAAAAAAAAGAACAAGCAAAUCAUAGUAAAAACAGUCAUUUUGCUAAACCCAGAUUACCCUCUGGACAAGUUUUUAGAAAAGGAUUUUUUCGUUCUGAGGAGCCACUGCAACCACAUCGUCAUGUAUGGAGACACGAGGGAUCAGGCGCUGACUUACUCCGAGACGUGGAAUCGAGAAAAGUGCCUGGGAAAGAGAAUUUUCAAGUUGAAGUUACCCCUGUACAAAAUAUACAAUGGUGAAGAUUACAUGAAUUUAAAAUUGGACCGCAGUAAUUUCCUAACGGGCAAUUACGAGGACAAGUACAAAAUGUGUGACAACGUUUUGUUUCCAAAUUCGUCUUAUGUGGAGGAAAAAUUGAAGUUGAAACAAAGGCAGCUCAUCGCGGAGCAGUUGGACAGGGGUGAUACGCAAUACCAGAGGGUGAAGGAAAAUGAGAAAGAAGAAAAUCAGGCACAAAAUAAAUCUACGAAUACUAAUGCAAACACCAGUGGGAAUGACCAGCACCACGUGAGUAAAACGAUUCGUAAGCCAUCCACAUAUGACUAUGAUGAAGGUGGCUCGUACAUUUCUGAAGACCUGGCGCCAAAUUACCUCAAUGAAAAUUUUCUCAAAACGGUAGAGUUUAGUGACUCCAGUUUAAGGGCCUUUACAUCCAAAAGGAGGUUUAAAAUAUCUAAGGCCUUUAAAAAAAUUAAAAGAAAAUGGCUAUACAAAAAUAAGAAAAAGCACAUUUAUUUUAACCAAAACUCCGUUAAUACUUCUAAUAAUAUGAAAAUGAAAGAACGGGUAUCUAAGUCAUCAGCUCAGACGUGCAGAAAAAAAGACACUGUUUAUAUUUCGUUUGAUAAAUAUGCUUGGCUAGACAUGGAUGUGAUUGACACAACUUUUGUUGAAACCAAUGUGGAUUUUUUAAAACAUUCAUUUUAUCAGGUAAAAAGAGAAAUCAUCGAUGACAUACGGGAGGUACUGAUAUCGAAUAUACGUGCGCACGAGCGUGUCAGUCGGUUGGACAGACGGAGAGGCAACGUCUUUGUGUUGCGAGUAGCUCCAGCUGGGGUUGGUAGCCUCCAUCGGUAA